AUGCAAAAAGAGAUAAAAGAAGAAGAAUGUGAUUAUUCUUUUAAAAGUAAAUAAGUUAAAUACUGCUAAUAAAGUUGCUUUAGUAGGGGAAUGUGAUGUUGGCAAAACUUGUAUUUGGCAAAAUUAUUUAAAGGGAACGAUACCAAAGAAAACUGCUCCAACAAUAGGUGUAGAAUUUGAAACAAAAUUUAUCACACUUUCUGAUGGAUCAAGAAUAAAAGCCCAAAUUUGGGAUACAGGUACUGAAUGA